UGACGAAUUGAAAAAGACGAUAAUAAUGACGACCAAACUAUUUGUUGGAGUCAAUAGGCUAUCGGUCACACGGUGGAGCACAUUCAAUAGCAGUAGGAGCCGCGUAAAAAGUCAUUAAUUAGCCAGUUGAACUCGUGGGUAGUGCAGUUACAAAUCAAACUUACAAACGUUUCAUUCAGUAACACAUUUCAAGCGAGCGCUAACUUGAAAAUAGCGGACUUCAAUUUUAUAUUAAUCAAUCAGUUUAAUCCUGGCUUUAAUUGCAUUGAUUUAAUUCGUGGUAGAUCAAUGGUAGAUUCGUGGUCAUUAGAUGAAUUGUGUGAAUUUUCCAUAAUAUUCCAAAGAAGACAGUUAUAAAUUUCUCUUAACUCUGUCUGAGAAACAAAACAUCAAGAAAAGAAAGUGACUCAAAGUUUACAAUUUCACCUAAAAUUCUCAAUAUUUAUGCGUGAAAUCUAUUUUUAAAUAGACUUCUAUAUAUGAAUGAAGGAACUUUAACUGAAACAGUGGUGCUUUUUCAUUGAAAUAUUCAUAUGAAUCCGUGUGUUUUGGGACAGUAUUUUUUCAUUUGGAUUCAUUUUAGAAAGAAAUAUUCGCAUCUGCCAAUUGUCUUGCUUUUUCGAUUGAGUUCGAGGAGUUUAUGAUAUAUACAUCAUAAAAACUACUGAGAAUCUAGUCGUAUCGGCUACAGAAUCUAGUCAUUUUAAGCUUUAACUAUUUGUUAAUUUAGUUUUUUUAUCAAGAUAUCAAUUUGUAUUAUAUUAAUAUUAUAUAUUAUUCGUGUAAAUCAACUCCAAAAUGGUGAAAUACUCAGGAUUAGCUCGCCGACUGCUGAGGUCAACAUUAGUAGCUGAGAUAAAUGGCAACCUCCUAUCAAUAAGCACAUCAACAUCAGUGAUCCAAUCAAGGAAUCAAAGUUCAAGCAGCUCUUUGAAACUGAAAGAUUCUUUCAAGCACUCAACAGACAUUUCUGUGCGACUGGCGUCACCCGACCGACUUCAGCCGAAACCGGACGUAUCGCAACUGCGCUUCGGCAAGCAGUUCACAGACCACAUGCUGCGCAUAGAGUACCACGCAUCGGCCGGCGGCUGGCAGGCGCCCAUCAUUCAGCCACUCGAGUACAUUUCCCUGCAUCCCGCCGCUAAGGUGCUUCAUUAUGCCGUCGAGUUAUUCGAAGGCAUGAAGGCAUACAGAGGUGUGGACGGGCGCAUCCGCAUCUUCCGCCCCGACCUCAACAUGGAGCGCAUGAAUUUGUCAGCUGCGCGCGCAGGUCUGCCCCAAUUCGACAACGAGGAACUCAUCAAGUGCCUUAACCGCCUCGUCAGCAUCGACCAAGAGUGGGUGCCUCACUCGGAGGCCGCCAGUCUAUAUAUACGGCCUACGCUCAUCGGCACUGAGCCCACACUAGGUAUCGGUGCUUCAGAGUCGGCGCUGCUGUACGUGAUUCUGAGCCCAGUUGCCUCCUACUUUGGCCCCAGCUUUAAGCCAGUCUCCCUGAUGGCCGACCCCCAAUUUAUCCGCGCCUGGCCGGGGGGAUGUGGUGACAGGAAAAUGGGAUCCAACUAUGCGCCUACCAUACAUAUCGGGUCGAUAGCUCAGCAGAAGGGAUUCGACCAAGUGCUGUGGCUCUAUGGUGAAGACGAACAAGUGACCGAAGCUGGAACUAUGAAUAUAUUCUUCCUAAUCAUCAACGACGAUGGAGAAAAAGAGCUAAUCACACCUCCAUUGAAUGGACUGAUCCUGCCCGGAGUCACAAGGAUAUCCAUCAUUCAACUGAUGGAGCAAUGGAACGAGGUCAAAGUCAACCAACGCAAAAUCACAAUGGCCGAAGUCUGCAAACUCAACAGUGAAAAUAGGAUACUGGAAAUGUUUGGAGCCGGUACAGCGGUAGUGAUAUGUCCGGUCGAUGUGAUUGGCUACCGAGACAGCUACGUGGAACUACCCACAAUGCGUGAUCAGCAGAAUUCACUCUGGUUCAAGCUACUGACAACGCUCACAGGCAUCCAGUACGGACGAGUCAUACAUCCCUGGGGCAGACCCAUUGACGAAUGAACGACAAGUCACCACAAACUGGCAGUGCGUUUGAAAUUGAUCAACACUGAAGUGAAGAUUUGUCACUAACCUGGUAGUUCCAUCAGUAAUCAAUCAAUCAAUCAUCAUAAAAUGAACAGUCAAUUGAAGAUUUGAAUUUCAUCACUGAUCCGAUAUAAUAUAGUGAGAGAUUCACAUAGAACUGUUACCAUUGGUUAAAGGUUGAAUGAGAAGCAGAUGAUUGGUGUAAUUUGAAAGAAGAGCUGAUAGUUUGACGCGGUACUUAUUGGUGAGUUAGAUCAAUCAUCAUAAAAUAGACACUCGAUUGAAGAUUUGAAAUCUACAACCAACUCCGUCAUGAUACUGCUUUAUGUACGAUACUUGUAUAAUAAUAAUAUUGUAAAACAUGUCAGUAGUGUUGUGAAUAGAUUCCAAUUUCAACUCGAAACGCUGAGAUUCACUUCAUACUGUCAGGAUUAGCUGAACGGGAAAUAUUGGUGUAAUUUACAAGAGGUGCUGACAGUGUGACGUAGUAACGGUGUACAAAAGAAAUAAUUAGAUUUUUGGUUGAAUGAUCAACCUAUAUCUCUCUGUACUAUAAAGAGUAGCUAAAAGGUGCAUUUUUUGUUAAUGAGAUCAUCCUAUAGCUCUAAACCACUAAUGUAGCCAACUUUUCAGCUGAAGAAUACUCUAAUCUGAAUUUUUGUUGGAUGUAGAGUGAUUCAAUAGUGGAUACUGUAAUGAAUAUAGAAGAAGAAGAAGAAGAAGAAGAAGAAGAAGAAGAAGAAGAAGAAAAAGAAGAAGAAGAAGAAUAUAGGAUAUUCUUUUGAUAGAGAGCAAAAGAUGGGACGCUUUUCAAGAGAUAGGAUACUGUCUUCACUUAUUGAAGAUGUAUCUGAACAAUAUUUUUUUUGAAAAAUUCAUAUUGGAUAUGAAUUUUCAAUUUAAACUAUCAGUUCAAUUUUAAAAAUAAGACUAAUCAAUCCCUCAAACAUUUUUAUCGAUCUUCUUCCUUCUCAUUUUAUUAGAAUCUUGGAUCUUUGAAAAUUAAUCAAUUCGUUUAAGUUACCGUUUUCAAAUAGGCUCAUCUCUUUUACUAGAAUAAGAAUUUUGUAUAGCAGUGGCAAAUUGAAUGCAUUUAAUAUUAUUCUCUUGGACUGUGAUAGAUUCAGAGGAAAUAAUAGAUGGUUAUUUGUUCUUACUGAAUUGUAAAUAGCUACUAGAGUAAGUUUUCAAUAAACUGUGAGAAUUUAUGCUUCAUAUUUUUUUAUUAACGAGGAGUAGAAGACACCUCUACUAUUUGUGGAAAUUACAGUAGGAUUUCUGAUUUGUAAAUAUCUGUUAGAUUAAGCUUUUCAUACAUAACUUACUUAUUUAUUUUCAUGCUUAAAAUUUUUGACUAAAGGUUUUAUAUAUAGCUUGAUUUCCUCAGACAAAGGAGGUUGUAGGAUUCCAAUAAGAUAGUUAUAGAAUCAAAGGUGCUAUUGUUAUAAGCCCCCGUCCAAAUAUUUGGGUUACCAUAAAAUUGAUUCUCCCUAUUUACUUUAACAUUGUGUACCUUUCAUCCCUUAAUACCCCAACUUGUACUUAUUAGGCAACUUGUAGGCUACUGGAAUCUGAUAAAUUCUAUAUUUUUUUAUAUUCACUUUAGAUGUAAUCCAAGAGGAUGAAAUAGAAAACAGCCUAUAACUUACUGAUUCAGAAUAAUAGAUUUGAAUUAUUAUAACAAGAAAUUUAAUAUUUCAUGGAAAUAGAUUAGAAGUAAGGUAGGUGAAUAUAAACAUAGAAUAAGAAUGGAGAAGAAUUAAAAAUAAGAAAUCUCCAUCUUUUCUCCAUGAUUAAACCGAUUUGAGGUGAUUAGUUGGAUAGCAUUAUCAUUUUACACAUUCCGCUUUAGAUUUAUUUUGCAUUAUUGUAAAUAUUUUUUGUUUGUGAAGUUUAAUAAAAUAUUUUCUUAAUAAAA